GAGUCCUGAGCAAAGCACAUCUGAUCGAUAUGAAUGAAAGAUACAUCCGUCUUUUCUUCUCCUUCGAAGGUUAGGUAUCCGCUCGUUAGUUCAGCGCCGCAUAAAUACUGACUUUAAAAGGGGCGACUCCCGCCUGUGCUUAAGUUGUUUCAAGCUUGUAAAGACUCGCGGUCGGAAGAUUGACCUGGUUUUCUUUCAGCGGAAACUCUACCUAAUGGUUCAGAUUCCCCGGGGUCCAUGGGUCUAUGGCCGCUUAGCUUAGACAGCCUUGUUAGAGACAUGAAUGCGGGGUUCGGUUUCCAAUUGAUUUGUAUUCACCGGGACCUCCCCUUAUUGGAUUUUCUCCACUUUUCUAGUUGCUGUGGAAAGAAUGUUGAGCAAAUGAGUUUAAGGGGUGGUUUUCUGUUUACUUUUUUUCAGCCUACGUCGUCUCUCUUCCAGAACCUCACAAUCAUCAGUGUCUGAAGUUUCAUGAUGAAUAUUGGUUUCACAUUUUAUUGCUUACGUGAGGAAAUAUCAAUUUGGAACUCGAAUUUGUAUUUGAGUUAUGAUGAGGAGUGAGGUAGAUUCGCAUUGUUGAAGAAAGCGAAGAAAAAGGAUGCUGCUAUGGCUUGCUUGUGGCUCUUUCUUCUAUUGGCUAGUCUCAGGCAUGAUAGUUUCAAUUUCUUUUGGAAAGCAAGUGCGGCUCAGUCAUAAGUGUUAGUAAUAGCAUGAAGUAAGUUGUCGGUAGCCGGCAUUAGGUAAAAGGAAAAGCUUCUCAAAAGCAUCCAGAAAUAUCAUAGAAUGGUGAUCGAGAUCACCUUCACGGGAAUCAUCCUUUGCAAAUUGGGGGAAGGGAACCAAUCAAGUCACCAAGAAGUUCCCGAAACUUGGUUUAGUAUUAAGGUUCUUCUCUUCCAGCGUUUAGUAUUCAAGUUCUUCUCUUCCAGCCCCCUGGCCCCUCUCUGAUAAGUCAAGUUUUCAAAACGAAAAGCAAAUGACAAAUCUGGUUCGAUGGCUCUUCUCCACUACCCGCUUUACUACUUUCUAUUUUUUCUUAUGUAUUAAGUUUCCCUUAAUAUAUAAUUUUAUAUUACUUUCGAUUUGUAUAUUUGUAUUCCUUUGUCGUUUUAUAUUAUGCCUAAUACCAAUUUGCAAUCUUUUUAGUUCGUGCUUCGUCGGCUCCUCCUUUCUGAUCACUCUCCCGCCGGAGAUUCAAGACCCCCAGGCUCUAGCUCAUUUAGCAGGGCUAAACUUCUAUCUGAGUCUUUACGAGCAGGAUCCGGGAUGGGUUACGUUCAUUCAGAACGAGCUUAAUCACAAUACCCCCCUGGAAGACAUACCUGGGCGGCUUAAGCUCUUCCUAAUGGAAGAAAAGCUCUCUUCUAUGCGACAAGAUGUCAUUCAGGAAUUUGUGGCGCUUUAUCAAAGAGUAGGGCCUUAUCUACCGAUCGAGCCCUACUUGGUCGAUGAAGCGCUUCGUUCCUAUCUGGACCAUAUUCACGCAACUGAUUCUUUCACUGUUCUCCAAGCGUCUUAUCAAGAUCUGCGGGAGAAUGAGGGAGGAUCCGUUUUCUUUCGAAAUGCUGUUUCCCACAACCGGGAUCUCCUUGAGGCGGAAAGCUCCGCAAGGAGGUGCCUGGAAGUGGAACAGAGGAUCCGGUGGGAAGAAAUCCCCAAGAGCAAGGCAAGUCUCGAAAGAGCUGAGCACGAGCAUGCUCUCGACUUGUUUAAGUCGGAGGAUCUUAGAAGGGAAUUAGAAAAAAAAAGAGCGGGGUAGCUCAGUAAUUCUGAUUCUUUUCUCUUCCAGCCCCCGG